AUGACAGAAGUCAUCUCCGCGAUCCUGCAGAAGGGCCUGUCGACCUCCGCGUGCGUGGACCAGCUGGACAUUGCGAACAACCACUACGGCUCCAGCAUGGUCUGGCCGCGCAGCCCGAAGGACUUCGCCCUGGAGGAGGGCGACAUGGACGGCUUCGAGCCCGCCGUCGGCAAGCUCCGGAAGAACGGCUUCGUGUGCGUCGAGGGCCUGCUGGACGCUGAGAUCGCGGCCGCCGUCCACGCGAACUGCUCGGAGCAGUUCUGGGCGCGGCGCGGCGCGGGGGCCAUGCGGCCCGCGGGGGGCGCCGCCUCCGCGGGCCACGAGUGCUGGGUGCCGUACCCGCCCCGGCGGGGCACGCCGCCGGAGCUGGGCCACGCGCUGCGGAUCCUCUUCGGGCUGCCGCGGGAGAUCGAGCGGCACGGCUACCCAGUCAGGCUGAAGGUGCCGCCUCUCAGUAUCGGUUAA